AUGACAUCGUCGGCGAAGACUGUUACAUUGACAAGCAGCGACGGCGACGAGUUGGAGGUGGCCAUUAAUGCCGCAACACAGUCGACGCUAAUAAAGAACAUAUUGGACGAAUUUGGCGUCUCCGACAAGAUCCCAAUAUGCAACGUGAAUUCUGCGACGUUGGCAAAAGUCAUGGAAUACUGCCAGAAACAUGCCGAUCAUGACAAGGCCACCAAGACCGAGACGGACGAUGUCGUCGAUGGCGAAGCCGUGGAGGGACUGAAACAGUGGGAUGCUGAUUUUUUGAAAGUGGACAGUGAUUUCCUGUUAGAUAUUAUAUUGGCGGCGAACUAUAUGGAAAUUGCAGGCUUGUUAGAUUCAUCUUGUCAGGCUGUGGCUAAUAUGAUCAAAGGGAAAUCGCCGGAACAGAUUCGACGGAUUUUGAACAUAAAGAAUGAUUUUAGUCCUGAAGAAGAGGAGCAGAAUCGUAGGGAGUAUCAAUGGGCCUUUGAUUGA